AUGAGAGACAAAUUGCUGCAGCAAAUAUAUAUAAGGACAAAAAAAGGAAUAAUUAAAUUAAAGGAUGUAUCAUUCACCAACCAUUCAAUACACAACAAGGAGACACUUAUAAUAAAGGAGACAAGCAACAAGGAGACAGUAAAGGAGACACUUAUAAUAAAGGAGACAAUAAAGGAGACAAUAAAGGAGACAGUAAUAAAGGAGACAAUAAAGGAGACACUUAUCAUCAAGGAGACACUUAUCAUCAAGCAGACAAUCAAGCAGACAGUAAAGGAGACACUUAUCAUCAAGGAGACAAUAAAGGAGACAGUAAAGGAGACAAUAAAGGAGACAAUAAAGGAGACAAUAAAGGAGACAAUAAAGGAGACACUUACAAAGGAGACAAUAAGGAAGGAGACACUUAUACAGGAGACAAUAAAGGAGACAAUAAGGAAGGAGACACUUAUAAAGGAGACACUUAUAAAGGAGACAAUAAAAAAGGAGACAGUAAUGAAGGAGACAGUAAAGGAGACAGUAAUAAAGGAGACAAUAAGGAAGGAGACACUUAUAAAGGAGACAGUAAAGGAGACAGUAAAGGAGACACUUAUAAUAAAGCAGACAAUAAAGGAGACACUUAUAAUCAAGGAGACAAUAAAAAAGGAGACACUUAUAAAGGAGACAAUAAAGGAGACAGUAAUAAAGGAGACAGUAAUAAAGGAGACAGUAAAGGAGACAGUAAAGGAGACACUUAUCAGCAAGGAGACACUAAUAAAGGAGACAGUAAAGGAGACAGUAAUAAAGGAGACACUUAUAAAGGAGACACUUAUAAAGGAGACAAUAAAGGAGACAGUAAUAAAGGAGACAGUAAUAAAGGAGACAAUCAAGGAGACAGUAAAGGAGACAAUCAAGGAGACACCUAUAAUAAAGCAGACAAUCAAGCAGACAAUCAAGGAGACAAUAAAAAGGGAGACAAUAAAGGAGACAGUAAUAAAGGAGACAAUAAUAAAGGAGACAAUAAAGGAGACAAUAAAAAAGGAGACAAUAAAGGAGACAAUAAGGAAGGAGACACUUAUAAUAAAGGAGAGAAUAAUAAAGGAGAUAAUAAAGGAGACAAUAAAAAAGGAGACAAUAAAGGAGACAAAAAAAAAGGAGAGAAUAAGAAAGGAGACAGUUAUAAUAACUAUGAGAGAUUAG